UCCAGUCCUCUCUACAGUCUCUCUCCCGGGAGUAGAAAGAGGAGCCAGGAAGUGAACGGUAAUUCCCUUUUUAAAACCCUAAUUCGCGCGCUCACAUCUUCCUACCAUCGAAAUCGAACCGCCACUGUCCAAAUCCUCGUCUUAUCAUCAUGUAUGGAGGAGAUGAAGUAUCGGCAAUAGUCGUAGACUUGGGUUCCCAUACCUGCAAAGCUGGUUAUGCUGGCGAAGAUGCGCCGAAAGCUGUCUUCCCAUCUGUGAGAGCCAACUCAACCCUUUCUCUUGCUGUCUCGAAAUGCCUGUUGAUUGAUCCAAAGGAACAUCCAAUGCUCUUUGCCGAGUCAUGUUCUAAUUCUCAACAGCAGAGGGAAAAUCUAGAAUUUGUUUUCAGCAAAGUUGAACUUGUAUUCUGCUUAAGUUUUAAUCUGGUUUCUCUCAUUUCCCCUUGUUUAUAUCCAAAAUUGCAGAUAAAGCCUCGUUAUGCAUUCAAAAGAAAGGAAGUUCGUCCUGGAGAGUUUCAGGUCGUUGAUCCUUCAUAUAAUGUUUACGAACCAAGUAUUUCAUUUAUUAUUUUCCUCUGGUUAGAUACAUCUUACUCCAAUAUUCCAAUGACACCUUAUGAGCUUCCUGAUGGACAAACAAUUGAGAUCGGUGCUGACAGAUUCAAGAUUCCUGAUAUAUUGUUUAAUCCAUCUUUAGCUCUGACUAUACCUGGUAUGGAAAAUUCUAUAGAGACAACUUCAUCUGCCCAUGGCCUGCCGCAAAUGGUUAUUGAGAGCAUAAGCAAGUGUGAUGUUGACAUCCGAAGAGAACUUUAUAGCAGCAUAUUGCUUUCUGGUGGAACGGCAUCAAUGCAACAGCUGAAAGAACGUCUUGAGAAAGAUCUACUGGAGGAAUCUCCUCAAGCGGCUAGGGUGAAAGUUCUAGCAAGUGGAAAUGCAACAGAAAGGAGAUUCAGUGUUUGGAUAGGAGGCAGUAUAUUGGCAUCACUUGGAUCCUUUCAGCAGAUGUGGUUUUCCAAAUCUGAGUUUGAAGAGCACGGAGCUUCAUAUAUUCAACGGAAAUGCCCUUGAAAUGCAUUGCUUCUUAAUCAAUUAGCCUUUA